UUAGCUAUGGCUGGACACAGGCCUGUGGUGUUUAACGGCCCAUCCGGGGUAGGAAAGACCACACUGUUGAAGAUGCUCAUGGAAGAGUAUGACGGUGUCUUUUGCAAAAUUGUUGCCCAUACAACGAGAGAUCCUCGGCCCGGAGAGGUGAAUGGCAAAGAUUACCAUUUUGUCACACGGGAGGUGAUGGAGGCAGGCAUUGCCAAAGGCGAUUUCAUAGCGAGCACAGAGUUUUCGGGGAACAUGUACGGGACUUGUAAAGCUGCCGUACAAGCUGUCCAGGCCAAGAACCUCAUCGGUACACUUGAUAUUGACAUGCAGGGUGUUCAGAACAUCAAAAGGACAGACCUCAAACCCCUCUACGUCUCUAUCCAGCCGCCAUCCAUGGCCGUCCUGGAAAAACGUUUAAGAGACAGAAACACAGAGUCAGAGGAGAGCCUCCAGAAGCGUUUAAAGGCAGCUAAGGAGGACAAGGAGCUUAGUAAAGAAGGACUUUUUGAUGUCAUAAUUAUCAAUGAUAAUUUGGAGGAUGCCUACAGGCAGUUAAAAGAUGCUCUUCUUGAGGAAAUCAAUAAGGUCAAGAAAGUCAACAUGUCUUCAUAGGAGACAGCAGCAUCCUGACACCACAUAUUCCCAUCCAUCCACUCCUCACCCCAAAAUUGGAAUGCAAUUUGAAGCAAAAUUAAAUGGGAUGUCUUUUCUUUUUAUAUUGCGUAGAAUUAAGCAUGCAGAUCUCUUUUUAACUUGUUUACUGAGAGAAUAUCUAUGACCAGGGUAUACACAGGAUUCAUGAAGUUUGAGACCCUUUUAUUCAUUUUAAGACCUCAUUGCCACUUGGACUCCUAACCGGUUACAUCAGGGACAUACUUUACCUUACUAUACUAUACAUUGAUUGUAAGAUAGCACAUACACCUACAAACAUACACACUUGGACUCUU